AGCCAAGCGGUUGUCAAUCGAGGAAGGGAAAACGUUGAAAGCGUUGCAAAAGUCCGACUCGCUACUGUCAGAUGUCGAGGAGGACGAGGAUGUGGAUGUUGCGGGAAACAAGAAGAGCGCUGAAACAAAAAAGGACCUCGCGGACGAUACAGAGGAAAAUCGAAAAGGCGACUCGGAGAAGUCUAAGUCAAAAACGACCGCGACCGGUGAAAGCAGAGGACUAGUGGUUGCUGAGAACAAAGAGAGCACGUUAUUUUCCUCACCGGCAGGAGCUUCAUCCGACACAGACGCAAAAUCAAGCUCCGCACCUCUUUUCCCAGCGGAUCAGAAAGUGAUGAAAACCUCUACCCCAGCAGAAGAAGACUUAGUACGCCUGCUCCCAGUCGUGGCACAAGCCGUGUUGCAGAAGAUCUACGCGGAUUACGCGUUAAGCGCAAUCCGCCUCGAGAACCAGGUCAACGUAAGCCGCCAGCCACGCCGCAGCAGUUUGAAAUCAUCCUCCUCCGUUACGACCGGGGGAGCGAGUGCAGGACCUCCGACAUCCUCUCGCCGCUUGUCCGUCACCUUGACGGACACUCCGCCCGACCAACAGACGUUUCUCGUGGACAAGCGGGAGACCGAGCAAUUCGAAGAUAACGGCGAGGAGAGCUAUAAAAACGAUUCAUAUAGUUAUAGUAUUAGUAAGAAAAAUACAUCGAGGCCGCAGCGCAUCAAACUGGCGAUGAAGGCGACAUUGAUGAUGGAAGGCGAUGAGUUGGAAGACGAAGACGAGGAACAACAACAAAC